UAGUUUUGACCUUUUUGGAGGGAAGACGUUUGAUCCCUUUAGCCCAUAAGUUAUUGCUUGGUGAUUGUUUUGGUAAACUUUGGAAUUAAUAGGAUGAUUUCUAGGGAUUGUUAUAGAACUUGUUGAGUUACUAUUUCAGGAUCAUCUUCUUGCAGUCUCCUUGAAUUUUGUUUUACAGUCUUGUUCGUAGCUGGAAUAUAGAAUGAAUUUAUGGCAUGUUUGAUUGGGUAGAUUGGAUAUUGCUUGACAAUAUUAAAGAAGAAAAAGAAAAAAUCUUGUCAACCAUAUCUUCCACUUUGUCAAGUACUGCUUACAAAACACACACUUAUCGUAGGUUUUCGAUCUUGUGUUUGACAAUUCCUUUGGGAGAUUGGUCCUACCCAUGUUUCAGCUUGUGGGCUUAAUUUAUUUUGUUUUUUAAGAACGAAAUAACUGUUAUAUUCUAUUACAGAAUUUGGUCAAUUUUGUUUAUCAGGACUGUUAUGGCAUAUACCCUUGCUUUUGUGAUUAUUUAUCAUCGAUAACAGGGAGAAUAGGUUGAACUAGUCAGCUUCAUAAACUAUGUGCAUAUGCUGAUGUUACAUCUUUUUGAAGAUCAGAAAACUGAUUUGUUGUUGUAAAUCAGGGCUUGAAGCUCGGAUCAAAUGGCAAGAUUCCUAUCAUCGCUACUGGAAUGUUGAACCUUGCAGACUUUAUGUCUCAUGUAGAAAAUCAAGACAGAGAAGUCACAAUUCCCAUGGAUAUGCCCGGUGCCAACAUUCAUAAUAGGCCUUCACUUUGUGUAAGCACCCUCUCCAUGGGUAUCUUACAUAUAUGACUGUCUAUCUUCCUAAUAGAAUUGAGAAAUGCUGAGGAACCUUCAGGAAUGAUGCUGAGACCAGUUCUUUCUUUUCCUCUGUCGCCCUGUUACGGAGACAUUUCCCCAACGGAAAAAGAAGAGAACUCUGUUUUUAAAGCCAGUCUGAAAAGAGUGAAUAUUUUUAGGGGUUUAUCUAGCAGAAGGGCUAAAAAGACUGGUAAUGAAGAGGAAGGAAGUGAUGAAAGGAGCUCGGUCAGAAGCGAUGAAAUUUACCCACUUGAUACAGACUCACUUGAUGACUCGGAAGAAGGGGACUCCGAGGAAGGGAAGGAGGAUUCCAGUGGUCGGAAGUCAUUCAGUUAUGGAACAUUGGCCUAUGCAAACUGUGCUGGGACAACAAGUUACACGAAUUCUAGUGGUAGUGAAGACGAGGACUGGGUCUACUAUAGCCACAGGAAAUUGGAUGUAGGGAAAAUGUCUGAGCAGUCCAUCCUGCAGAAUUCAAAACGUAGAGUCCUUCCCUGGAGGAAGAGGAAACUAAGCUUCAGAUCUCCGAAAGUUAAAGGAGAACCAUUAUUGAAAAAACAUUAUGGGGAGGAAGGUGGAGAUGAUAUUGAUUUUGAUCGCAGACAACUAAGUUCUUCAGAUGAAUCCACUUUUGGGAAAAUCGAAGAAGAUUCAGUUGCUAAUAUGCUAUCAGCAUGCCCAUUUGGAGAUGAAAAUUUCGCUGUCGGUAACUGGGAGCAGAUGGAGAUAAUCAGUCGCGACGGAUAUAUGAAGUUACAAACACAAGUUUUCUUUGCUUCGAUUGAUCAAAGGAGUGAGAGAGCAGCAGGUGAAAGUGCAUGUACAGCCCUUGUAGCCGUGAUUGCUGACUGGUUACAAUCAAAUGCUGAUGAAAUGCCGAUCAAGUCCCAACUCGACAGCCUGAUCCGUGAAGGUUCGUUAGAGUGGAGGAAUCUCUGUGAAAACAAAAUCUAUCAGGAGAGGUUCCCAGACAAGCAUUUUGACCUAGAUACGGUACUCCAGGCUAAAGUUCGUCCAAUUUCUGUUGCACCAGAGAAGUCUUUCAUAGGCUUCUUCCAUCCAGAAGGACUAGAAAAUGAAGAUUUUGAUUUCCUCAAUGGUGCCAUGUCUUUUGAUAACAUUUGGGAUGAGAUUUGUCGAACUGCCAUGGAUUGUUCUCCGACUGGUGACCAGUUGAUCUAUAUUAUCAGCUGGAAUGACCACUUUUUCAUCUUAAAGGUUGAACAAGAUGCAUAUUAUAUUAUCGACACAUUGGGCGAGAGGCUUUAUGAGGGCUGCGGUCAAGCGUUCAUCUUGAAAUUCGAUAGAGAUACAACCAUUCAUCAACUUGCUAACAUCGAGGCUAACAAGUCAGACAAUAAACCUGUUACGGAUGAGCAAAGUAAAGUCAAGGAAGGCACUAGCAAAGGGCAAAUGGUUAUAAGCAGCACUAAUGUGCAAGGAAAUUACGAAAAUGAACAGAAGAUAGUCUGCACAGGAAAAGAGUCGUGCAAAGAGUACAUUAAGAGCUUUUUGGCUGCAAUUCCUUUGAGGGAAUUGCAAGUUGAUCUGAAAAAGGGAUUGAUGGCAUCGACUCCCCUUCAUCAUCGGCUACAAAUAGAGUUUCAUUACACGAGACACUUGCAACCCGUGAUGGAGCCUUCUGCUGCAGAAGCAAUCACUGAUAUACCAGAAUUACAACCCUUGGAAGUACCUGAUGAAUUAGAGUCUUAAUCCCUUUUGUUAUUUUUGUAUUGUGUUUCCUUAUACAAGGGUAAGAAUGAAACCUUGUUUUGAGGUUUUUUAGACCAUGUCUUGCAUAGCAAUUUCUUCUUCCCUUUUAUUGUUACACAAAUGAAAAAAUUUCAUGUGUGUAAAUGAGAUUAGUAAAAGAUUAUCCCCCUUCGUUUUGCUGAUUUAACACCAAAGCUGCUGCUCUUUGGUAUUACAUAGAAGCAUAAUUCUUAUCUGGGUAUAGCCUAGUCCGGCCAUUGUCAUUGUACUUAAUCAAGAAACUUUAGGAGUGAGUUUGUUAUGCAUUAUCACAAUGACAUUUCGUGAA